CAGCAGCAUAAAAAUGCUGACACAAUGGUGGCUUUGAUGAAGGUUUAUGAAGAAGAAGAUGAAGCUUAUCAGGAUUUGGUCACCAUGGCAACACAAUUCUACCAGUAUUUACUGCAGCCCUUUAGAGAUAUGCGAGAACUGGCAACGCUUUACAAACUGGAAAUCCUGAAAUCUUUGCAGUAUGACAAUUUGGGGCCUAAAAGAGUAGCAGCUUUGCAGAAAGAUGCUGAAGAAUGGACUAAGCGAGCUGAGAAUGCUGUGUGCUCCAUUCAGGAUAUCACUGUGAACUACUUCAAGGAAACUGUAAAGGCUCUGGCGGCAAUGCACAAACAAAUGGAACAAGAUCAGGAAAGAUUUGGUAAAGCCACCUGGGCAUCAGCUUUGCCACGACUAGAAAACCUGAAAUGUGUGUUAGCUAAAGAAACCCUUCAGCAUCUGAGGGCAAGAGAGUUGUGCCUGAAACAGAAGAGAGCUGGCAUUCAGAAAAACAUGGAGAACCUCAGUGAACAAGAAGACAGCCUAAGUGUAGUGGAGGAGCUGGAAAUACAGUACUAUGAAACGCAGCUGGAAUUAUAUAAUAUACAGCUUGAAGUACUGAAACAUGAAGAGAUGCUGCUUAUUGUACAAUUGGAUACUUUAAGGAGACAGAUUAAAGAGAAACAGGAUGAAGUUGUUUACUAUGAUACAUGUGAAAAUCCUGAGGAGCUCAAGGUCAUUGAACAGACAAUGGGACAACAUUACGCUAACUUGUCAGAAAUGACGAUGCUGAGGCAGAAGACUAAGCAGUUGGAGACAAAGCGUGGGACUAUCUGUGCGAGGAGAGCCUACCUCAGGAACAAAAAAGAUCAAUGUGAAGCAAGCCAUCGGCAGAGACUGCAACAGGCAGAAGAGAGCAAAAAACGCUUCCAGCAGCAUCACAGCAUACAGAUAAAGAGAGACAAGCAAAAAGAGGAGGAGAAAAAGAAAAAAGCUUGGAUAAGCCAGGAACGUCAGAAAACACUGGAGAGGCUGAAAACAUUCAGGGAGAAGUGUCCAACUCAUGUUGUUCUGAAAACAUCUCGUCCCCAGCCUCUCAGUCCCAAGUUGCCACGAAGCGUCACUCAGCAGGUUGCGGUACUGUCCCCUCCACCUUCGUCAAGAGCAAGGGCAGCUCCAGAGCAGCCAAAGAGUAUACUGCUAGUAGAAGCCAAAGAAUCAAAAGCCUCACAUCAGAACACCCCAGCAGAUAUCCCUGUCCAGACUCUUGUUACUGAUGGUGCUGCAGAACAACAAAAGCACAGCGAGGGAUUGAUGGUCUCUCCAUCUUCACCACCACUUCCUCCGCCCCCUCCUCCUUUGCCCCCUCCUCCCCCACCUUCCCCCUUACCUCUCCACUUAAAGACACCGUCAGCAACAGAGGAUAAGCCACUUCCCUUGAGCUCCAAUAGCCCCACAGAAAGCCCUGCGUUGCACAAACAGGAUGACUCAUCCAGGAGGUCUAUAAAUAAUUACAUAGGUUCCAUGGAUGAGGUUUUGGCUUCUCUAAAACGCAGUGAAGUUCAUCUUCGCAAAGUGGAACAGCAAAAUCCAUAUGCCUCUGUAAAAGACAACAUUCUCUCUGCCAUAAGACAAGGAGUUAAACUAAGAAAAGUGAAUCGAGAUACUGAGAAAGAUGUCAGUAAAGGAUCCACUAAUGAGCUGGAGAGAAGCAUUAAGGCAGUCAUCCAGAGAAUUAAGAAAGUGUCUGCUGAUUCUGAAGAAGAGGAGAACAAUGAUCAGAAUAAUGGAGAAUGGGACAGCUAACCAAUUCAGGCUAACAGGACUUACUGACUGGAACAAUGUGUCUCAUUUUGCAUGUUGUAGAAGACUGUCCCUGUCAA